GGGCAAAAUAAAUAUAUAAGCGUACAUAACUCCAAGUUGUAUGCAUUGAAACGGAAACGGAAUUGCUGGUAAUCCAAGUCACCAACUUCAGUUGUUCCACCAAUCAACCGUUGCCAAUAUGAAGCUCUUCCAAACGACAGCGACAGCUGCUACGCUAAUAUGCGCUGCGCUCUCUUUUGUAGGCGCUGAGCCUCCAGUAAGCAGCAGCUACCUGCCUCCGUCAAAUAAAUACAGUCCACCCGCCAGCUCUUAUUUGCCACCAGCUUCCGGGCCUGCCACUCCACAAAAUGGUUAUGCUCCAAGCGCUCCUGCUGGUGGCCCAUACUCAAGUCCACAGGGACCGCCUAGCUCAAGUUAUGGCGCUCCUCCCGCACCAGCACCACCACCACCUCAACGCCCCCCACCAAGUAAGCCUUCUCCCAGCUAUGGACCACCUCCAUCGUCUAGCUAUGGUGCUCCACCCAGUCGCCCGAGCCCUAGCUAUGGUCCUCCCAAGAAACCACGUCGUCCUGCUAAGGUGCCCGCUUCAACUUACUCGGCGCCACAAUCACCUGUUGCAUUCUAUGGGCCACCAAAGACUUCACCACCUGCUUCCAGCUAUGGUGCUCCUCCAUCUCCACCAUCAUCCAGCUAUGGAGCUCCUCCAUCGCCACCUUCUUCCAGCUAUGGUGCUCCUUCAUCACCACCAUCAUCCAGCUAUGGGGCACCUCCAUCGCCACCAUCAUCAAGCUAUGGUGCUCCUCCAUCAGCACCAUCAUCCAGCUAUGGUGCACCUCCAUCACCACCAUCAUCUGGCUAUGGCGCUCCCCCAUCACCACCAGCUUCCAGCUAUGGACCACCAUCUCGGCCUGCUCCACCAUCAUCUAGCUACGGCGCACCUCCAUCACCACCAGCCUCUAGCUAUGGACCGCCAUCCCGGCCUUCUCCACCAUCAUCUAGCUAUGGUGCUCCCCCUUCACCACCAGCUUCCAGCUAUGGUCCACCAUCUAGGCCUUCUCCACCAUCAUCUAGCUAUGGUGCACCUCCAUCACCACCAGCAUCCAGCUAUGGACCACCGUCUCGGCCUGCUCCACCAUCGUCUAGCUAUGGCGCACCUCCAUCACCACCAGCCUCUAGCUAUGGACCGCCAUCCCGGCCUUCUCCACCAUCAUCUAGCUAUGGCGCUCCUCCUUCUCCACCAUCGUCUAGCUAUGGCGCACCUCCAUCACCACCAGCCUCUAGCUAUGGACCGCCAUCCCGGCCUGCUCCACCAUCAUCUAGUUACGGCGCUCCCCCGUCACCACCAGCCUCUAGUUAUGGCGCACCGCCAUCCCCACCAGCAUCCAGCUAUGGACCGCCGUCGCGGCCUGCUCCACCAUCUUCUAGCUAUGGUGCACCCCCUUCACCACCUGCUUCUAGCUAUGGACCACCAUCUCGACCUUCUCCACCUUCAUCUAGUUACGGCGCUCCCCCGUCCCCACCAGCCUCUAGUUAUGGUGCUCCCCCAUCUCCACCAUCAUCUAGCUAUGGCGCUCCUCCAUCUCCUCCGGCUUCUAGCUACGGCGCUCCAUCUAAACCAUCUCCUCCAGCUUCUAGCUAUGGUGCUCCCCCGUCUCCACCAGCUUCUAGCUACGGAGCCCCAUCUAAACCAUCUCCACCAUCUUCUAGCUAUGGAGCCCCAUCUCGGCCGUCCCCUCCAUCAUCUGGCUAUGGUGCUCCACCAGCACCCCCAGCUUCUAGCUAUGGUGCUCCACCAGCCCCACCAUCACCAAGUUAUGGUGCUCCUCCAUCACCUCCAGCUUCUAGCUACGGAGCUCCAUCUAAACCAUCCCCACCAUCAUCUAGCUAUGGAGCUCCAUCUCGGCCGUCUCCUCCAUCAUCUGGGUAUGGUGCUCCACCAGCACCACCAUCACCAAGUUAUGGUGCUCCUCCUUCACCUCCAGCAUCUAGCUAUGGCCCUCCAUCUCGGCCUUCACCUCCGUCAUCUAGUUACGGCGCUCCGGCAGCCCCACCAUCACCCAGCUACGGGGCUCCUCCAUCACCCCCAGCUUCCAGCUAUGGUGCGCCAUCAGUUCCAGCCGCACCAUCCAACUCAUAUUUACCUCCAUCCACCUCUAAUUCGAAGCCUUUCGCUCCGUCGAAACCAGCACCACCUCCAACAUCGUACGGAGUUCCAUCGACUUCUUAUAGUGCCCCAUCUGCACCCUCCUCUUCAUAUGAUGCACCAGCUCCAGCACAACCACCUUCCAGCUACAGCGCUCCUCCUCAAACGAGUCUCUCUGGAGGUAGCUACUCCGCUUCACCUUCAAAUGGUUACAGUGCCCCAAUAUCUGUACCAGAGACAAUUCCUCAGAGUUAUUCAUCCGAUGGUGGAUACAAGUACCGAAAAUAG